AUGAAGAGCUCCAUCUUGCUCGCGGCCACCGUGCUGUUAGGCUGCACGUCGGCAAAAGUCCAUAAACUCAAGCUAAAGAAGGUUCCGCUCUCUGAGCAGUUUGACCAUGCCGACAUCGACAGCCAAGUCAAGGCGCUUGGCCAGAAGUACCUAGCUGCACGGUCAGCGGCGCAACAGCCAUUCACAUCAGAUGAUAUCAAUACAAAGGGGGGUCACAACGUUUUGGUUGAUAACUUCCUAAAUGCCCAGUACUUCUCCGAGAUUUCUAUUGGAAACCCUCCGCAGAAUUUCAAGGUCGUCCUUGACACCGGCAGUUCUAACCUUUGGGUUCCAUCGUCACAAUGUGGCUCCAUCGCCUGUUUCCUACACAGCAAGUAUGAUUCAUCGGCUUCUUCAACCUACAAGAAGAAUGGAACGGAGUUUUCCAUCCGCUACGGCUCAGGUAGUCUUUCUGGCUUCGUUUCACAGGAUACGCUUCGUAUUGGCGACCUAGUUGUCAAGGAGCAAGACUUUGCUGAGGCUACGAACGAGCCAGGGCUCGCAUUUGCCUUUGGUCGUUUUGACGGCAUUCUCGGUCUUGGUUAUGACACCAUCUCCGUUAACAAGAUUGUCCCCCCAUUCUACAACAUGCUUAACCAGAAACUGAUUGACGAGCCAGUCUUUGGCUUCUAUCUUGGUGACACAAACAAGGAGGGUGAUGACUCGUAUGCUACGUUUGGCGGCGUCGAUGACUCGCUUUUCAGUGAUGACAUGAUUAAGAUUCCCCUCCGCCGCAAGGCUUACUGGGAAGUUGACUUUGACGCCGUCACCUUUGGAAACGAUCGUGCGGAGCUUGAAAACACGGGUAUCAUUCUUGAUACUGGUACUUCGCUCAUUGCCCUGCCAUCUACUCUUGCUGAGCUUCUCAACAAGGAAAUCGGUGCCAAGAAGUCGUGGAAUGGCCAAUACACUGUCGAAUGCGACAAGCGCCCAUCCCUUCCCGACCUCACAUUCACUUUGUCAGGCCACAACUUCACCAUCGGACCUAACGAUUACAUCUUGGAGGUUCAGGGAUCCUGCAUCAGCAGCUUCAUGGGCAUGGAUUUCCCCGAACCCGUAGGUCCCCUGGCCAUUCUCGGUGACGCUUUCUUGAGACGUUUCUAUACUAUGUAUGAUUUGGGCAACAACCAAGUCGGUCUCGCCAAAGCCAAAGCCAAGAACUAA